AUGGCGGGCGCAAUCGUUCGACAGACGUGGAUCCUCACCAAGAAGACGCUGCUUGUGGUGUUCUGGCGGCACUGGUUCUUUACGAGCGUUCGCGCGUUUUGGGCGCCUAUCAUUUUCAUGUUCUUCAUCACAUACGCCAAGAACUUCUUCAUUCCUCCCUCAGAAUUCGGAAUCGGCAGUCCUACUCCAAUUCGCCCCUUCUCGAAUGCGCUCAACGCUGCAUCUGGCGGCCGUGACAAGGUUGUCUUCGUUAACAACGGCCACACCGGUGGCGAGAUCGAGAACAUCAUCACACAGCUUUCGGAUCAGGUCAGAAGUGCGGGUCUACAGGCAAUCACGCUGGAGAAAGAGGUGGACCUCCUCACGACAUGCCAGAGCUCGCUGCGAGGCGCAAGCACAUGUUUUGGUGCGGCGACCUUCCACUCGAGCCCCAAUGAAGGCAGUGGCGGAGGAUGGAACUACACUCUUCGGGCCGAUGGCGCACUAGGAGACCAGAUCUACGUGGACCAGACCGACAACGACAUUGAAAUCUACGUUUUGCCCUUCCAACGAGCUAUCGACCAGACCAUUGCAUCAGCGAGCGGCGGUCGGAACUACCCACAGACCAAUGAAUACCCGUUCACUGAGCGCACGCAGAAGGAGAGAGAUGAGCGUAUCCGACAGCUGUACAUGGGCGCAUUGAUCAAUAUUAUGGGAGUCGCACUGUACGUCGGUGUCUGCGGUGUCACGUACCAGCUCACAGGACAAAUGGCUGAGGAACGAGAACGCGGCAUUUCACAGUUGGUCGAGGCCAUGUCACCAGCAAAGAAGGCUUGGCACACGCAGUUUGCACGACUACUUUCCAACCACAUCGCAUUUGACAUCAUCUACUUCCCUGGUUGGGUCAUCAUGGGCCUGAUUGUGUGGGCUCUCGCUUUCCGAUCUUCGAACGCUGCCAUUUUGGUCAUAUUCCAUAUCUUAGCUGGACUGUCUCUCACGAGUUUCUCCAUCUUUGGUGGCGCAUUCUUCCGAAAGGCCCAACUUUCUGGCAUCACCAUAGUCAUUGUUCCGAUUCUACUGGCUAUCAUCGCGCAAGUUGCUGGACCAUUUGGCACUGGUGCCGUCUACGCCCUCAGUCUGAUCUUCCCGUCCAUUAACUACGUCUUCUUCAUCAUCUAUGUAGCCCGUUUUGAGCGCGAGCUUAUUGGCGUCAACAUGGUCAAGUCAGCGCCUAACUAUAACGAUCACAAAUGGACCAACAUGGGCAUAGUGUUCUGGAUCUUCCUUAUCAUUCAGACCAUUGUUUAUCCUUUCCUCGGCGCACUUGUCGAACGAUGGCUAUACGGCACGAUUUCCGCAGACAGGAAGACCACUACGUCGUCUCCGGAACACAACAUCAUCUUGACCAACUUUUCCAAGCACUGGACGCCCAGCUGGUUCCGCCGCAAUGUCCUGGCCAAGAUCGGCAUCAAGCCUCCGGAGACGGUCAAGGCUGUAGACGACUUCAGCAUCAAGGCGCGGAAGGGCCAGAUCAUGGUGUUGCUUGGUGCUAACGGAAGUGGCAAGUCGACAACGCUCGAUGCGAUUGCUGGCCUCAACACCAUUACGAGCGGCGCCAUUGAGAUUGACGGAACUGGUGGCUUAGGCUUGUGCCCACAGAAGAACGUCAUGUGGGACGAGCUCAACGUCUUCGAGCAUGUGCGCAUUUUCAACCAGCUGAAGUCGACCGGCGCAUACGACAGCAAGGACACGAUUGAAGACCUGAUCCGCGCUUGCGAUCUGGGACACAAGAUCAAAGCACAGUCAAGUACGCUCUCUGGAGGUCAGAAGAGAAAGCUACAGUUGGCUAUGAUGUUCACAGGUGGCUCGAAGGUGUGCUGUGUGGAUGAAGUCUCAUCAGGUCUCGACCCGUUAUCUAGAAGAAAGAUUUGGGAGAUCCUGCUUGCUGAGCGUGGCGAUCGCACUUUCCUGCUUACCACACAUUUCCUUGAUGAAGCUGAUGUCCUUGCCGACUACGUUGCCAUCCUUUCCCGUGGUGUCUUGAAGACCAAGGGCACCUCUGUCCAGCUCAAGCACGAAGUCGGCGCCGGCUACCAUGUCUCUUACCCCAAGAACGCUCCUGUUGCUCCGCCGAAAGACGCUAUCAGGAAACCGUCACCUUCAGAAGGCAUAGUUCAGUACCAAUUUUCCGACGCACUACCCGCUACCCGCUUCGUGGACAUCCUGCGAGACAACGGUAUUGAGAACUACGACAUUGUCGGUCCCACACUCGAAGACGUCUUCCUUGCCUAUGCUGAGGAGGUCAAGGAGUACCAUUUGAUGGAAGCCGACCGUGAUGAGGCACUCGGUGUACUUGAUUCGAGCGGCAAAGAAGGAGACGUACCAUCGGAACAUAACUCGGAGACUGUCAAAUCACCCUCGAUGGGCAAGGGUCGCGGUACGUCUAUGUUCAAGCAGACCUUGAUCCUCAUCCGCAAGCGCUGGACCAUCCUACGUCGCAACUUCUGGCCAUACAUCUUCGCUUUGCUCAUUCCUAUUGCCGCCUCUGGUCUUGUUACUCUUUUCCUCAAAAGCUACACACCGGUUGGAUGCGAUCCUGGCGCUAGCUCAAACGACCCCGAGGUGUUCGCGCUCUCAAGUGUCGAUGUUAUCCCUCUCAUCCCCAUUGGUCCAAGGAACCUGGUCGGCGAGGCUAUUCAGACUAUUGCCAACCGUUCUGGUAUCAACCCCGAUAAUUUCUACAUCGUCGACACCCUUGAUCAGUUCAACGACUUUGUUGGCACGAGGUUCCGCAAUAUCACACCUGGUGGCUUCUUUCUGAACCAGGACGGGCCUACGAUCAUGUCCUACCUUGGCAGUGGAGGUGUAGUUGGUGGUCUCAUCACACUGAACGCUCUCGACAAUGUCCUUACUGACGUUGCUAUCACCACCUCUUACCAGCAAUUCGCCGUCCCUUUCGCACCCAACAUGGGUGACACACUGCAGCUGAUUCUGUACUUUGGUCUUGCCAUGACUGUUUAUCCAGCGUUGUUUGCCCUAUACCCGACGCAAGAGCGUCUGCGCAAUGUUCGAGCUCUGCAUUACAGCAACGGUAUUCGAGCGGUCCCAUUAUGGCUUGCGUACACCACUUUCGACUUUUUCUUCGUCCUCAUCAUUUCUGGCAUCACAGUUGCAAUCUUCGUCGGGGCUUCUAGCGCUUGGUACGCUCCUGGCUACUUGUUUGUCGUGUUCUCCCUUUACGGCCUCUGCGCGCUUCUCUUCUCGUACAUCAUUUCUAUCGUCGUCACGUCUCAGCUCGCGGCUUUUGCCUUCGCUGCUGGUGGCAUGGUCUCGCUCUACCUCAUUUACUUCAUUGGGUACAUGGCUAUUUUGACGUACGCGCCUGCAUACGCAAUCGACAACUAUCUCGAGAUCUUCCACUGGACGGUGUCACUGAUCAGUCCGGCUGCCAGCUUGCUCAGAACGCAGCUGCUAUCACUCAACUCGUUCAGCGUAUUGUGUGACGGAAAUCAGAUUCCUAGCUAUCCUGGAGCGCUACGUGUCUACGGUGGACCGAUCCUGUACCUCAUUGUCCAAGCCAUCUUGCUCUUUAUCGCGCUUGUAUGGUGGGACUCUGGCUACCGACCAGGCUUCCUCAAUCGUGAGAAGAGUCGACAACAGCACAGGGAGGAGAACGUCGACAACAUUCCAGCUGCCGUUGCUGCUGAGAUCACUCGCACGGAGCAAAGCAAGGACAGCUUGCGUGCACUCCAUCUUCAGAAGACGUUUGGUAGUAAUCACGCCGUUAACGACAUUACAUUCGGUAUUCCUCAAGGUCAAGUCUUCGCCCUUCUUGGUCCCAACGGUGCUGGCAAAUCCUCCACCAUCUCGCUCAUCCGUGGUGACAUCCACCCAACGACGCACAUCAAUGGCGGCGGCGAUGUUCUCAUCGAAGACAUCUCCAUCAUCUCCAAGCGCGCCGCAGCCCGAGGCCACCUCGGUGUGUGCCCACAAUUCGACGCUAUGGACACUAUGACCGUGACCGAGCAUUUGUACUUCUACGCUCGCGCGCGCGGUGUCCCAGAUCCCAAGUCCUCCGUCGAUGCCAUCCUGCAAGCCACUGGUCUCCAUCGUUUCGAGCACCGCCUCGCGUCCAAGCUGUCUGGCGGUAACAAGCGCAAGCUAUCUCUCGGUAUCGCUCUCAUGGGCAACCCAUCCGUUCUCCUUCUCGACGAGCCUUCUUCCGGUAUGGACGCCGCUGCCAAACGUGUAAUGUGGCGCACUCUCCUCGGUGUCGCAGCACCUGGCCGUGCCCUGCUUAUCACAACACACUCGAUGGAAGAAGCCGACAAACUCGCUACGCGUGUGGGUAUCAUGAAGCGCAAGAUGCUGGCACUCGGUACGGUCUCGGAUCUUGGCGAGCAAUACGGCGACGCAUGGGUUGUGCAACUAGUCCUCAAGUCAGCGCCGGACACAACAGAAGAGGAGAUGGAGCGCGUGAAGGACUGGGUCAGACGAACUGUACCAGGUGUUCAGCUAGACAAAUGGGGCAGUCGCGGCGGUGGCCAUGGACAGUUGCGAUUUAAGGUGCUCAAAGGCGCUGCCGUGGACGCUGCUACACAUCCCCAGCCUAUCCAAGACUCGAAGCUUGAAGACUCGCAAGUCCAACCCGUCACCACCAACGCUUCAACAAUGUCCUUUGACCUCAACAGUAUCCCCGGCCUUAUCCAGCUCCUCGAGACGAACCGCGAGACGUUGGGCUUGGAGUACUACUCCGUGUCGCCGACGACGUUGGACGAGGUGUUCUUGCGCGUUGUCGGAGAGGAGGAAGAGGAGGAUAGUGUAAAAGCGAAGACGAAGAACAAGGGCUUCAUGGCGAGACUUGUGUGCUGCGGACUACCGUGGUAG